AUGACUGCGACGAGAGCGAAGGGAAUGCCUUACCAAGGCCCCGUAUGGAUUGUAGUGCCGAAAACGCUAGUUCCUCACUGGGAGGAACAGUUUUCGUGCUUCGAGGAGGUGGACCGCCCGUCGGUGCUUGUUUUGACAGACAAGGACAUGUCAGCGCGCGAGUUGGCUGAGGCCAAAGCUGAUUUCAUUAUCAUCACUUCGCAGUACUUGAGCGCCCGGUAUCUGGAAUGGCAAGACGCCACUCAACAAGCCCGAUUCGGUCUCCACAUCCUCGGCAGACCAGUAGCCCGAAGACAGACGUCGUUCAGAUCCCGGCAGACAAACUGUAUUUUCGACAUCGAAUGUUGGAAAUCUCUUGGCCUUCACUUCCCAUUUGCCAUCUUUGACGAGGUACACGGAGUGAAUAAUCCCGAAGCGACCCUCUACAAGGCACCUGCGGCGCUUGACGUCAAGGCGAAGAUUCUGGUCAGCGGGACCCCAAUGAAGACUAGAGUAUUCGACGCCUUUGGGAUUCUCAAGAUUCUGCCCGGAUGCCCCUUCGCGACGGAGAAUGCGUUUUUGCGAGUCCUCAACUUUGCCCAAAUUCUCGACGCAUGCACGAUCGUCCGCCCUCGCGCGGCCCUGAAUCUUCCCGACCUCGUCGAGCACAUAGUUGAGGCCGAACUCCUAGAAGAAACGGUCCUCGACAUCGCCAUGGCCGCCCACUAA